AUGGAGGUGUUUGGAGAUAAUAAGAUGUUUUACAUGAGAGACACAUGGAGAGAAGGAACCAUGAUUUGUGACGUCUUACCUAUCAACCCUAGCUCCAAUGGUGUUUGGCCGCAACAAAAAUUCUCAGAUCCUAACAUCAAUGUUCAUUUCUGGAAUUACGCGUUUCCACACUUGCAAAUGAUAUUUCUCAUCAUCUCUUUCUUAUGGCAAUUCUUACAUUUCUUCCUUCGACGUCUUGGCAUGAUACGUUUCACUUCUCAUAUGCUUACUGGUGUUCUUUUAAGCAAGUCUUUUCUAAAGGAGAAUUCAGCAGCGAGAAGAUUCUUUUCUACAGAGGAUUACAAAGAGAUUGUGUUUAGUCUCACUGCUGCUUGUUCUUACAUGAUGUUCUGGUUCUUGAUGGGAGUUAAAAUGGACACGGGUUUGAUCCGAACCACAGGAAGAAAAGCUAUCACCAUUGGGCUCUCCUCUGUUUUACUUUCGACGUUAGUUUGUUCCGUUAUCUUCUUCGGAAACUUAAGGGACGUUGGAACGAAAAACUCAGACCAUACUCUCAAUUCAUUAGAGUAUGUUGUGAUUUACUCAAUCCAAUGUCUUUCUUCUUUCCCCGUUGUUGGAAACCUUCUCUUUGAGCUCAGGCUACAAAACUCAGAGCUUGGUCGUCUAGCGAUAUCUUCUGCUGUGAUAAGUGAUUUCAGCACCUCAAUUCUCGCUUCCGUUCUCAUAUUUAUGAAGGAGCUCAAGGACGAACAAACACGGCUCGGGAGUGUGUUUAUAGGUGAUGUUAUUGCAGGGAAUCGUCCUUUGAUGCGAGCAGGGAUAGUGGUUCUCUUUGUAUGUAUUGCCAUCUAUGUUUUCAGACCGUUAAUGUUCUACAUUAUUAAACAAACACCUUCCGGUCGUCCCGUCAAGGCAAUCUACUUAAGUACAAUAAUUGUUAUGGUUUCUGGUUCAGCCAUUCUUGCCAAUUGGUGCAAGCAAUCUAUUUUCAUGGGACCUUUCAUCUUAGGUCUUGCUGUUCCUCAUGGUCCUCCUUUAGGUUCUGCGAUCAUUCAGAAGUAUGAGUCGGCUAUAUUCGGAACUUUUCUUCCGUUUUUCAUUGCUUCAUCUUCCACGGAGAUCGAUAUUUCGGCUUUAUUUGGUUGGGAAGGUCUCAAUGGUAUUAUACUCAUCAUGGUAACAUCUUUUGUCGUCAAGUUCAUCUUUACUACUGUUCCUGCUUUGUUCUAUGGUAUGCCGAUGGAAGAUUGCUUCGCUCUAUCUCUUAUCAUGUCGUUUAAAGGCAUCUUCGAGCUCGGUGCCUACGCCUUGGCCUACCAAAGAGGGUCUGUCCGUCCCGAGACCUUCACUGUGGCGUGUCUUUACAUAACGUUGAACUCCGCAAUCAUUCCUCCGAUCUUGCGGUACUUAUACGAUCCUUCGAGGAUGUACGCGGGGUACGAGAAGCGGAAUAUGCAGCAUUUGAAACCAAACUCUGAGCUAAGGAUUCUGUCUUGCAUUUACAGAACUGAUGAUAUAAGUCCAAUGAUUAAUCUUCUUGAAGCUAUUUGUCCGUCCCGGGAAUCUCCUGUAGCUACCUACGUUCUCCACUUGAUGGAGCUUGUAGGACAAGCAAAUCCGAUCUUCAUUUCACAUAAAUUGCAAACUCGCAGAACAGAGGAGACGUCUUAUUCAAACAAUGUACUUGUCUCCUUUGAAAAGUUUCGUAAAGAUUUCUAUGGUUCGGUCUUCGUAAGCACCUACACGGCUUUAUCUAUGCCCGAUACGAUGCACGGAGAUAUAUGUAUGCUUGCUCUCAACAACACUACUUCUCUCAUACUCCUUCCUUUUCACCAGACUUGGUCUGCUGACGGAUCAGCUCUUAUCUCUAACAAUAACAUGAUCCGGAACCUUAACAAGAGCGUUCUCGACGUGGCACCUUGUUCUGUCGGAGUCUUUGUAUACCGAAGCAGUUCCGGACGGAAAAACAUCAGUUCCGGACGGAAAACCAUCAAUGGCACAGUUCCAAACUUAUCAUCUUACAAUAUUUGUAUGAUCUUCCUAGGCGGUAAAGACGAUAGAGAAGCAGUGACACUUGCUACACGAAUGGCCCGUGACCCAAGGAUCAAUAUAACCAUUGUUCGACUGAUCACUACCGAUGAGAAAGCACGAGAGAACACGGUGUGGGAUAAAAUGCUUGACGAUGAACUUCUUAGAGACGUGAAAAGCAAUACAUUAGUAGACAUUUUCUACUCGGAGAAAGCGAUUGAAGACGCGGCUGAAACAUCGAGUUUGCUAAGAUCGAUGGUAAGCGAUUUCGAUAUGUUCAUAGUGGGAAGAGGGAACGGAAGGACGAGUGUGUUCACAGAAGGGCUUGAGGAAUGGAGUGAGUUUAAGGAGCUUGGUAUUAUUGGAGAUUUAUUGACUUCACAGGAUUUUAAUUGCCAAGCUUCUGUUUUGGUUAUACAACAACAACAGCUAAUGAUUUAG